AUUUCAUGAUGAAAAACAUUUUUUUCAAUGUAUUUCACAAUUUCCAGUCUUAUCCCCCUUUUGCUAUAGCCGUUGCCAGAUUUUUACCGUAAUCUGGCAAGAGCCAGUGGCAUAACCUCAAACAUUUAAGAUGUAAGGCCUAUCAGCUAUUUUGUGUAAAUACAAAAUACUCCACAUUAAAAAAUGACCCGCAAUGUUUUAAAAAGUAGUGUCCAAAAUGCAUCGUUUAGCAUAUUUUUUCAGAUACUUUUCAGAUGCAUAACUUUUGUUUUAAACGCAUUUAUCAUCAGAACCGUAGGUCAGGAUGUUCUAGGCAUAAUGAACGUUAGACUUCUAUUACUAGAGUCCACCAUAUUAUUCCUCUCAAAAGAACCACUCUUAAAGGCCUGUCUAACGAAUGCAAAGUCGCACAAUUGGGCGCAAGUAAUCAAUUUAAUAUGGGUUUCGGUGCCAAUAUCCGCUCUUCUGGGGCUGAUUCUCGUGUAUGUGUGGAUACACCUUUUAAGCCCCACCGAUGAUAUUUACUACUCCCAGUAUAAAUUGGGGUGCUAUAAUUAUAGAAACCAUUUACAUUGUAUGCCGAACCGUCACAUUCGUCUAUUUAGUUGUGAAUCAUCCAAAUGAAGCAAUAAAUGCGUUCUCAAUUGCACAAAUAGUGUCCGCUGUUCUCCUGUGUGCUUUAUACUAUGGAUUCUUUACUUGGUACAUUCCCCGACUAAUUAAGCAUAGAGAGCAGGAAGAUAAAGAUGAGAAUGAAAAAAUGGUUCCACUAUUUUCGGACAUGUCUGAUUUCCCGUUUCGAAGCGUGUUGAAUUUUUUCCCCGGAUUCAUGUUUAAUGAGGAUGAAAAAAUUGAUAGCAAUCUACUGGUGCUAACAAUCAGUUUUCUAAAACAAUCAGUUAUAAAACAAGUACUAACAGAAGGUGAAAGAUAUGUGAUGACCAUAUCUCCAGUAUUAACGUUCAGUCAACAAUCGAUUUACGAUAUUGUUAACAAUUUAGGAAGCUUAGCUGCAAGGUUCAUCUUUCGACCCAUUGAAGAGUCUGCAUAUUUCUACUUUACCCAGAUGAUUCACAGGGAUCAGCCUUUGAAGAAGCAAAAUGAGAAAAAUGUAGCCGAAGCUGCCAAAGUGCUGGGUCAGCUGUGCAAAGUUGUUACAAGUAUUGGCUUGAUUGGAGUCGUUUUUGGGCAAUCCUAUAGCUACAGUUUGCUCUAUUUCUACGGUGGAAAGAAAUUAGUUUCUACCGCGUUACCCACCACUCUUCUUCAAUUUCACUGCUUCGCCAUAGUAUUAUUAGCUAUAAACGGCGUAACUGAAGCCUAUGUGUUUGCUACCAUGAAUAAUAACCAACUGGAUAAGUAUAACUACUUAAUGGUGAUUUUCUCCAUAUGUUUUCUACUGAUUUCCUAUGUGUUAACGAACGUGUUUGGGCCAGUAGGCUUUAUAUUGGCGAAUUGUUCAAAUAUGGGAGCACGAAUAAUACACAGCUUGCACUUUAUACACACCAAGUAUUUGGAUACAGUCUAUCGCCCUCUGGACGGUCUUAUUCCUACGUGGAAGUUUUUAAGUGUACUUGUUUUCUCGGGUAUAUGCACCAAAUACUCAGAGCUUUACUUCUUGCCACAUUCAAUGUUGCUUCAUAUCGGAUUUGGUGCCUUCUUUUUCCUAUUGACGAUGAUUACAUGGAUGUUAGAAAACAGAAGCUUGCUUGAACUUGGUUAUGCCAACUAUAAAAGGAGGGUGUCGUUGAAAACCGACUGAUGUUUUGUGAUAUAAUGAAGAACGUGUUGAUUGUUGAUCUUCAGAUUUUAAUAAAAUUUGAUUGUUGAAACCAAA